CACUUUCUCAUCUCAACUCUACUCGGUUUUUUUGCGCCGAAGCAAAACACGUAAAAACAACUACUAGCUCAACAUAAUAGUGAACUGAAACAGUUAUUUUCAAUUAGUAUACUUUUGUUCAUGAAUUGUUACAGUUGUUAGAUUUUAUUUGUGCAUCAAAUACAGGUGCUGGUGAAGCAAGCAUUACUCGAGGUAUAAGUAUAUAACUGAAAAGUCUAUUGUUUGUUGAAAUCUCCAGCCGACCAUUUAGAUUGACAGCAAUGUCUGACAGUGAAGCGAGCAAUUAUUCCGGGAAUGAAAGUGAAGCUGAAGAACAAGAAAGUGAAGGUGAACAAGAUGAUGCUAAAAGCGCACAAGGCUCAGAUGCUGAAAGUGAUGCUGGCAGUCAAGUGAAUGAAGACGAGGCUGAAGAAGUUACUGAAGCUGAGGCUGCUGCAGAAGAAGAAGAGCAAGAGGAGGAACCGGAAGGUGAAGAUUUAGAUGAAGAAGAUGAAGAGGAUGAAGAGGACGAGGAUGAUGAAGAUGAUGAUGACAGAGAUCGUAAGAAGCGCAAGAAAAAGAAAUCACGUUAUGGAGAUUUCAUUUUAGAUGAAGCAGAAGUAGAUGAUGAAGUUGAAGAAGAUGAAGAGUGGGAGGAGGGAGCUGAAGACAUUAUUGACCGUACUCGACCAACAGAAGAAGGUACAUCUCGGGACAUUGAUAGUCAUCGACGAUUACAGAUGAUGUGGACAUCCCAAAAGGAAGAUGAAAUUGAAGAAUAUUAUAAGAAAAAAUAUGCCGAAUCCUCCGCUGCUGAGAAGGGUUAUGGAGAUGGUGGGGAUCAUGAACUACCAGAUGAAAUUGCCCAGCAGACAUUGUUGCCUAGUGUUAAGGACCCAAAUUUGUGGAUGGUAAAAUGCCGUCUUGGGGAAGAAAAGCAGACUGUUUUACUACUAAUGAGAAAGUUUAUUGCCUAUCAAUACACUGAGGAGCCCUUACAAAUUAAAAGUGUUGUAGCCCCUGAAGGAGUAAAAGGUUACAUCUAUAUUGAAGCUUACAAACAAACUCACGUUAAGCAGGCCAUCAACGGUGUUGGUAGUUUGCGUAUGGGUCAGUACCAGCAGAUGAUGGUUCCCAUCAAAGAAAUGACCGAUGUCCUUCGAGUCACAAAGGAGCAAACCCAACUGAAACCAAAACAAUGGGUCAGAUUGAAGAGAGGGUUAUACAAAGAUGAUUUAGCACAAGUGGAUUUUGUCAAUGUUGCUCAAAAUUUCGUACAUUUGAAACUCAUCCCAAGAAUAGAUUACACAAAAAAGAGGGGUGCUUUGCGGACUUCGGAACCAGAAAAGCGAAAGAAAGGCCGAAAACCCCCUCCCAAACUAUUUGAUGUUGAUGCCAUCAGAGCACUGGGUGGUGAAGUAUCUACUGAUGGUGACUAUCUUAUAUUUGAGGGAAACAGAUUUAGCCGGAAAGGGUUUCUUUUCAAGAGUUUCGCCAAAUCAGCUUUGAUUAUUGAUGGUGUGAAACCUACUUUAUCUGAAUUGGAAAAGUUUGCAGAGAAGAAUGAUGCUAAGGGCAUGGAAAUAGAGUUGAGUGAAACAGGACAAGACGAUGGAAGCCAUAGUUUUUCUCCUGGUGAUAAUGUUGAAGUCUGUGAGGGAGAAUUGAUACAUUUACAGGGUAGAGUCAUUACUGUGGAUGGUAACAAAGUCACUAUGCUACCUACCCACGAGGAUUUAAAGGAUCCACUUGAAUUUCCUGCACAUGAGUUGAGAAAAUAUUUCAAAAUGGGUGACCAUGUCAAAGUAAUUGCUGGAACAUAUGAGGGAGAUACUGGACUGAUUGUAAGAGUGGAAGAAAAGAUUGUUCUGUUAUUUUCGGAUCUGACGAUGCACGAGCUCAAAGUCAGGCCUCAAGAUCUACAGCUCUGCACAGACAUGGCCACUGGUGUAGAUUCUCUUGGACAAUUCCAAUGGGGAGAUCUUGUUUUAUUAGAUGCACAGACAGUUGGUGUCAUUGUUAGAUUAGAAAAAGAAAACUUCCAUAUACUUAAUAUGCAUGGCAAUGUGGUAAAAGUGAAGCACCAGAGCAUUACUAAAAGAAAAGAUACCAGAAAAGCUGUUUCUCUUGAUUCUGAGCAAAAUCAAAUUCAAGCUCGAGAUGUUGUGAAAGUGAUUGAUGGCCCACAUUCGGGUAGACAAGGUGAAAUCAAGCAUCUGUAUCGUAGCUUUGCUUUUCUUCAUUCUCGUAUGAUGACAGAAAAUGGUGGUAUUUUUGUUUGUAAAACAAGGCAUCUUGCUCUAGCAGGAGCUGGAAGUGGGGGUGGAAGACCUGUGUCUGAAAUCAGUAUGCGCUCACCUUUUCAUGCUGCAUCCCCUCGUAUCAACAGUCCAAUGCAUCCCUCUGCUGGUGGCAGAACUCCAGGGAGUGGCUUUACGGGAGGAGCAAGUCCUGGUCCUGGUGGUGGAAUGGGUAGAGGUAGAGGUGGAAGGAGAGAUAAUGAAUUGAUCGGUCAAACCAUUAAAAUUACUCACGGGCCUUACAAAGGUCACAUUGGUAUUGUUAAGGAUGCUACUGAAGCCACAGCUCGUGUAGAACUGCAUUCCAAGUGCCAAACUAUUUCAGUAGAUAGAACUAGAUUAGCUGUUGUUGGUGGACCCAGUAAAGGUAGCGUUUCCAGUUACAGUCGUACUCCCAUUUAUGGCAGCCAAACUCCCAUGUAUGGUGCUGGUUCAAGAACUCCCAUGUACGGCUCACAAACACCACAAUACGAAUCUGGAAGUCGUACACCCCACUAUGGAAGUCAGACGCCAUUGCAUGAAGGUAACCGCACUCCCAGCCAUGGGGGAGCCUGGGACCCCUCUAACGCCAACACUCCAGCUAGAGGGAGCAGUGAUUUUGAUGAAUAUCCUUUUGAGGAACCUUCUCCGUCACCAGCUAAUUAUGCAGCCACUCCUGCUUAUCAACAAGACCAGGGUCCUUUCACCCCUCAAACUCCUGGAAGCACCUACGCUGACCAUAAUUACUCUCCUUAUCAGACACCUUCUCCUGGAGGAUAUCCUGCGGGAACACCAAGUCCAUCUACAUAUGCUGCCACCCCCAGUCCUUCCGGAUAUGCUGGAACACCAUCACCAGGGGGUUAUGGUUACAGUCCGAUGACACCAGGAGCACCACCCACCCCUGGAGGGAUGGAUCCUACCUCAGUCGAAUGGCAAACCACAGAUUUAGAAGUCGUCAUAAGAGACACACAUUCGGACGAUGGAUUGAGCGGUCAAACCGGAAUCAUUAGAGGAAUCUCAGGUGGAAUGUGUUCUGUCUUUUUACCCAAAGAAGACCGUGUUGUAAAUAUCAUGGGGGAACAUUUGGAACCUGUUACUCCCCUACGAGGUGAUAAGGUCAAAGUCAUCUAUGGUGAUGACAGAGAGUUAUGUGGUACACUUUUGACGAUAGAUUGUGCCGAUGGAGUCGUCAAGUUGGGGCCCAAAGAGUUCAAAAUGAUAAACAUGAGAUUUCUCUGCAAGAUGAUUUAAUAUGUGUUCAAAUGGAGGACUUUUUAGCUACACUUUUAUGUGAAUAAAUAAUUUGUAUUGAGACACUUUGGUUUAUAUAAACUAAUAUAAUAUUGUUAUUCCAAAAGCAAUUAGAUCAUGUAUCAUUUGUAGAAUUUAAAACUUGUAUAUAUUUUGUGGAAUAAACUCAUAAAGUUUGCAAAGCAAGCUUCUGAUUUAAGUAAA